AUGAAUACCCUAUUAUUUAAGCGAAAAAGUGGCCAUUGUGGGAAGCAAAGUGAUAUAGCUUCGCAGGGAUCGCUCUCUAGUACUGCACUUCCUGAAUCACCUGGCACUUUGGAUGAAAAGAAUCUUCCCAGAUUGCCCACUCCAUUCGCUAGAAGCCUUUCUACCAUUCCUAGUUAUGAGCAGAUGAAACGUACAAACAAACUGCCCGAUUAUCACCUAAAGAUAGUUGUUGUAGGAGAUGGUGCGGUGGGGAAGACGUGUCUAUUGAUAUCUUAUGUCCAAGGAACAUUCCCGACUGAUUAUAUCCCUACCAUUUUUGAAAAUUAUGUAACAAACAUAGAAGGCCCUAAUGGUCAAGUUAUAGAACUAGCAUUGUGGGAUACAGCCGGCCAAGAGGAGUAUAGUAGACUUAGACCGCUCUCAUAUACGAAUGCAGAUGUACUGAUGGUGUGUUAUUCUGUUGGAAGCAAGACAUCACUCAGGAAUGUUGAAGACCUUUGGUUCCCGGAGGUCAAACAUUUCUGUCCAUCUACUCCAAUCAUGCUGGUCGGCCUUAAAUCAGAUCUAUACGAAGCUGAUAACCUUUCAGAUCUGGUGGACCCAAGUUCGGCAGAAUCCUUAGCUAAGCGCCUGGGGGCAUUUGCACAUAUUCAGUGCUCUGCACGAUUGAAAGAAAAUAUUGAUGAAGCGUUUGAAACUGCCAUACACACGUUACUUUUCGAUUCAUUAUAUGCUCCCAGGGAGCCUACGCAUACGGUCAAAAAUCCCUUCAAAAAAAAUAAUGCCAGAUCAGGUAUCGAUUCUUCUACUGGAGAUACCAGCGUCUCUAUAUCUGGGACAAAAAGAUUAAGAAAAAACAAGUGUAUUAUAAUGUAA